AGAAGACUCAUACAGGAGAAAGGCCCUACAAGUGCAAUGAAUGUGGGAAGGCCUUCAGUCAGAGUGCACAUCGUACCCAACAUCAGAGAAUUCAUACAGGAGAAAAGCCCUAUGAAUGUAAUGACUGUGGGAAAGCUUGCAGUGACCACUCAGCUCUUAUUCAACAUCAUAUCACCCACGCUGGGGAGAAACCUUAUGAAUGUAAUGACUGGGAAAGCUUUCAGUUACUGCUCAAACCUCAUUCAGCAUCAGAGAACGCAUACCGGAGAGAAACCAUACAAAUGUGGUGAAUGCGAGAAAGCCUUUAGUGAUCGUAUAGCCCUUAUUCAGCAUCAGAAAACUCAUACUGGAGAGAAGCCCUAUGAGUGUAAGGAAUGUGGAAAAACCUUUAGCAGAAGUACAUGCCUUACUCAACAUCAGAGAAGUCAUACAGGUGAUGAACCAUAUAAAUGUAAGGAAUGUGGGAAAAUUUUCACCCAGAGUUCAUUCCUCACACGACACAUGAGGGUUCAUAUGGGAGAAAAACCCUACAAAUGUAAUGAAUGUGAGAAAGUGUUCAGGGAUCGCUCAGGGCAUAUUCAGCACCAGAGAACUCACACUGGAGAGAAGCUGUAUGACUGCAGUGAUUGUGGGAAAGCUUUCGGUUUCUGUUUGUCUCUUACUCAAAAUAAAAGAAUUCAUACAGGAGGAAGCCCUAUAAAUGCAAGGACUGCGGAAAAGCCUUUAGUGAUAGGUCAACACUUAUUCAGCAUCAGAGAACGCACACCAGAGAGAAGCCCUAUGAAUGUAACAUGUGGAAAAGGCUUCAGUCAGAAUAGAAACCUUACAAAUCACCAGAAAACUCAUUCCACUGAAAAAUCCUACACAUGCAGUGAACGUGGAAAAGCCUUUAGUUACUGCUCAGGCCUUUUUCGACAUCAAAUCAUUCAUACUGGAGAGAAACUUUAUGAGUGCAGUAAAUGUGGGAGAGCCUUCAGUCAGAGGACAGACCUUAAAAAACAUCAGAAAACGCAUACCGAAGAGAAACUCCACGAAUGUAAUGAAUGUGGAAAACCCUUCAGCCGGAGCACAUAUCUUACAAAACACCAGAAAGUUCAUAGUGGAGAAAAAGCAAAUAUACGUACUGAGUGUAGGAAAACCUUUAGACAAAACUCCUCUAUUCAACAUGAAAAAUCUUGCACUGUAGAGAAAUCCUCUGAAUGCCUUGAGGGUCUGGUGACUGUGGAGACCCUCCCCAGGGAAACAGGAGGAGGAUCAUGAAAACUGUUCACUAGAGUGGCCACUUGAUUUAGUGGGAAGAGCACAUGUCUGGGGUUUAGAGGUCCUGGAUUCAAAUCUCAGCUCUGUGACCAACCAGGUCUAUUAUUUGUUUUAGAGUAAGUCACUUUACCUCCUCUUACCUUAAUUCGCUCACCUGAAAUAUUGGGAGGCCUGAUUCAUUGAUCUUUAAGAUCCACCUUUAUUUUAUUUAUUACCAGUGAAGGUUUUUAUAGAUGUGACUCUCAAAUUGUGACUUAUUUAUUCUGCAACAGGUCUGAUUUACAGUGUGAAGAUGUAGUAGUCAUUAGGAGUUCAGUAAAGAUAUAGACUAAGUUGCUAUUUAUUAUCUUUGAAUUGGUCCUUCAAGAUUAAAGAUACCAUGAGUACUCAGGAGAUUAAGAGAUAAAAUAGGGUAAAUUAUGCUAAUUAUUGCAGUAGGAAGGUUGGGGUCUUGAUUAAGAAUAUGGUGUUUGAUAAAUCCUCAAAAAGAACAAAUCAAACUGUUGGUAAAGGCUGGGUACCUAGAAGGCACCCAAAUUUAAUGUUGCAGUGUAGAUCGUCUCUAUUAAGUAGAACUGGUCUCUAUCAUGUCUCAGGUGAAAAGGAACUAGAAAACAGUUGUAAAGUCUUGAGCAGGUUACCAAGAAAAGAUGAAACUGGAAAAUGGAUUUGUUUCCAUACCUUAAAUGUGUAAAGACCAUGUGAAUGAGAGUAAAUCUUGAGAUCCCAUACAUCUAGAA